GGUGGCUAUGCGCCACGGUUUACAGCAGCAACAGCGGCUGGUUACGGUUGGCGGAUACCACCUGCUGGUGGUUACUACAGUAGCAUGGAGCCGUAUGGUCGGAUUCCAUGCGAUUUGAAUAGUGGUAGCAGCAGAGCACCUACAGUGGUCUACGCUGGACCUCGGGUAAGGCCAAUGACAAGGGUGAUACGAGCGCAACCGGGCAAUGUGCCACUGAGUGACUCCGACAAUGAUGAACCAAAGUGGGCCGUUGUUUAA